GGAGGUCGCCCGGCGGGUCCCGAGACUGCAGCGCAAGGCAGCUUCACUGCGCCGUCACUGCAACCGGAGUGGACACGGGCACGGACAAACAGUUGCAGCCUCGCUCCUCCCUCCCUUCCUUCCUUCCUCCCUCCCUCCCACCCUCUGCUCUCCGCGGUUGGAGGAGGGGAGCGGGUUAGGCCGGGCAGUGACCGAUCACGCAGCGCUGGGACCCCCGCCGCGGUGCCCGUGACCCUGAGCGUCCCGCGGCGCCGCCGCAGCUUCCACUGCCUAUGACCCUGGGCGCCCCGCGGCGCCGCCGCUGCUGCCCAUGACCCUGAGCGCCCAGCGCUCGCGGAGAUGCUGAGGAUACGUGAGAGGCCGCGGCUGCAGUGCCCAGCGCGCGGGGACCGCGCCGCUGGCUCCGCCGUCCAGCCGGGCCCGGUCGGCCUGCUGUUGGGGGCCAGCCUCAUCUAGGACCAGCCUCGGGCCCCGGUCGCCGCAUCCUACCUGCACGCACGGGAUCGACCCCUGUCACCCACUAAAAUGAAUGUGUUUUGCAGGACGAGGUGUGAUCCUUGCCCUCCACAUUACCCAGUCACAUGUAGCGGUGUCCCAAUUAAUGGAUUCUGACAUGGAUUAUGAGAGGCCAAACGUAGAGACCAUCAAGUGUGUCGUGGUCGGGGACAACGCUGUCGGCAAGACCAGGCUCAUCUGUGCCCGCGCCUGCAAUGCCACCCUCACCCAGUACCAGCUGCUUGCCACCCAUGUGCCCACAGUCUGGGCCAUUGACCAGUACCGGGUGUGCCAGGAGGUGCUGGAACGUUCUCGGGAUGUAGUAGAUGAUGUCAGUGUGUCCCUUCGUCUCUGGGACACCUUUGGAGACCACCACAAAGACCGGCGCUUUGCUUACGGGAGAUCUGAUGUUGUGGUUCUUUGCUUCUCCAUUGCUAAUCCCAAUUCCCUGCACCAUGUCAAGACCAUGUGGUACCCAGAAAUCAAGCACUUUUGUCCAAGGGCUCCUGUUAUCCUAGUGGGUUGCCAGCUGGACCUACGCUAUGCUGACUUGGAAGCCGUCAAUAGGGCCAGGCGCCCUUUGGCCAGGCCUAUCAAGCCAAAUGAAAUCCUGCCUCCUGAGAAGGGCCGGGAGGUGGCCAAGGAGCUGGGCAUCCCAUACUAUGAGACCAGUGUGGUGGCACAAUUUGGCAUCAAAGAUGUCUUUGACAAUGCCAUCCGGGCAGCCCUCAUUUCCCGCCGUCACUUGCAGUUCUGGAAGUCUCACUUGCGAAAUGUCCAGCGCCCCCUGCUACAGGCUCCGUUCCUCCCCCCCAAGCCUCCUCCCCCCAUCAUUGUGGUUCCAGAUCCUCCUUCCACCACUGAGGAGUGUCCUGCCCACCUCCUGGAGGACCCUCUCUGUGCGGACGUCAUUCUGGUGCUGCAAGAGCGGGUGCGCAUUUUUGCCCACAAGAUCUACCUCUCCACUUCCUCCUCCAAAUUCUAUGACCUGUUCCUCAUGGACCUGAGUGAAGGAGAGCUGGGGGGUCCCUCUGGGUCAGGGGGCCCCCGCAUAGAGGAGUCCCAAGGCCACUCUGACCACCACCACCACCAUCAUCACCACCACCAUGGACGGGACUUCCUGCUGCGGGCAGCUAGCUUUGAUGUGUGUGAGAGCACAGAUGAGGGAGGGGGUCCUGGCCCAGCCGGCCUCCGAGCUUCCACUAGUGAUGGAAUCCUUCGGGGCAAUGGGGCUGGCUACUUGCUUGGUCGUGGCCGGGUACUCUCAUCCUGGAGUCGUGCAUUUGUGAGCAUUCAGGAAGAGAUGGCGGAUGACCCCCUCACCUACAAGUCACGAUUGAUGGUGGUGGUGAAAAUGGAUGCUUCCAUUCAGCCUGGACCCUUCCGAGCUGUGCUCAAGUAUUUGUACACUGGGGAAUUAGAUGAGAAUGAACGGGAUCUCAUGCACAUUGCCCACAUUGCUGAAUUGCUGGAAGUGUUUGAUCUGCGCAUGAUGGUUGCCAACAUCCUCAACCACGAGGCCUUCAUGAACCAAGAGAUCACUAAGGCCUUCCAUGUUCGUAGGACCAACCGGGUUAAGGAGUGUCUGGCGAAAGGCACAUUUUCAGACGUGACCUUCAUCCUGGACGAUGGGACCAUUAGUGCCCACAAGCCUCUGCUGAUCUCCAGCUGCGACUGGAUGGCUGCCAUGUUUGGGGGGCCGUUUGUGGAAAGCUCAACGAGGGAGGUUGUGUUUCCGUACACCAGCAAAAGCUGUAUGAGAGCUGUGCUGGAAUACCUCUACACGGGCAUGUUCAGUGCCAGCCCUGACCUGGAUGAUAUGAAGCUCAUCAUCCUUGCUAACCGGCUGUGCUUGCCUCAUCUGGUCGCGCUCACAGAACAAUACACGGUGACGGGACUGAUGGAAGCCACGCAGAUGAUGGUGGAUAUAGAUGGAGAUGUCCUUGUUUUCCUGGAGCUGGCUCAGUUCCAUUGUGCAUAUCAGUUGGCUGACUGGUGUCUCCACCACAUCUGCACCAACUACAACAAUGUCUGCCGGAAGUUUCCCCGGGAUAUGAAGGCCAUGUCUCCAGAAAACCAGGAGUAUUUUGAGAAGCACCGGUGGCCACCUGUCUGGUACCUAAAAGAGGAAGAUCAUUACCAGCGAGCCCGGAAAGAGCGAGAGAAGGAGGACUACCUCCACCUGAAGCGGCAGCCUAAAAGGAGAUGGCUCUUCUGGAAUGGACCCUCCUCUCCUUCCUCCUCUGCAGCCUCCUCUUCAUCUCCCUCCUCCUCUUCUGCUGUAGUUUGAGAGCCACUUCAGCCCUCCCAGGAUGGUCCCACUGCUCUCCUCUCCUAGCCACCUGCCCCAGCCCCCCUCAGUCCUCCUUUAUCUGCAUUUCGUCCCUCUCCUCUCACCAGGGACAAGAGGACCUAAUCAACUAGGCCCAUGAGGGUGGAGCAGAUACACCAGCCAAACCAUCUCACUGGAAGAAAGACCGGGCUCUGGUGAGAGGAGUGGGGACUAGCUGAAAAUGGGAAGGAGCCAGAGCUUUCCAGGACUCCCCAAAUGAGGCAUCAGGGAGAGCCAGCGCCUCAGUCGUCCAUCCUCUUUCUUCCCUUUUGGAAUUUGGAGCCCUAGGCAUGGCUGGAGAGCCACGAGCCAAGGGAAUCUAAGACAUCUGGGUUUACGGGAAGUUGUGAUUUUUGUAGAGGGGUUUAUUUUUGGACUGGGGGAGAGGGUCCCAAAUUCCUUGGUGAGGAGAGAACAAGGUUUCUCCCAGAACUGUUUUCCCAAAGGACUUGUAGUCCACAAAUGCAUUGGGGGAAAUUUCACUUGGGGCAAAGUCAAACGCUGUCCCUCUCUCUUCUCCCCCACCCUCCACUUUAUUUGUAAAAGCCAGUGUAGGAAUUAUCCUCACCCCAUCACUAGAGCUGCUCAUCUUGGAAAGUGUCUAUGAGAGGAAGAUGGUGGGAGGGCUAAGAGAGCCUUCUUCCUACCCAUCACCCAGGCACUUUAGAGGUGCCUUUGUAGACCUGGCAAGUCCCUGGAAUUUGAAUAGAGCUAUAGGUGUUCAGAGCUCCCCAGGCUAGAAAUGAUGGUGCCAGUGAGAGACUCCUCCCGGCUUACCUUCUUCCACAAGGCCUAGAGAAAACUUACUCACUAGACAGAAACCAACAGGAAGAGGUAGAAGUUAGUAGGAAAGGAAGGAAGGUAGAAGGGAGUGAAAUUCGAUGUUCAACAACUACCAAUUCAUAGGACUUAGAACCAGAAAGAGCCAUAGAGAUGAUCUAGUCCGUCUGGGGAGUUUAGGUGACUUACCUAAGGUCACAUAGGUAGUUUGUGGUAGAGCUAGGAUUCAAACCCCCAGGUAAUCUGCCACUACAUCACAAUCUUCCUCUGCUCUUCCCAACCUCUGAACAGAGCCUGGCUUUUGGGAGGAGGAGAGGGGAAGAGGGGGAGGUUACAAGGGGAGGCAGAAAUAGCCAAAAGAAAUCCCCCCACUCCAUCAAAUCUUCCCACAAACUCUACAGAAUGAAAAGCAGAAAAAGAUACUUUUUAUUAAGCCAAACAAAAGCCCCGGAGGCCAAGAGAGAAGGUUGCUGGGGAUGAAGGAAGGGAUAAUUGGGUUGUGGGAACCACUCUGCAAGCCCAGUGGAAAGAGAGUCCUCUGUUUCCUGACUUUAUGGAGCCCUGGAAUCACUGAUUGGGGGGUUCAGAUGGGCUGGAGGUAACCCGUGGCCCCUUGAAGCCUAGCGAUUGACACUUUUGCCCAAAAUGGCUUCUGUUUCCUCCCAGUCUGAGGUUUUCCCUUCCCUGAAAGUGAAAGUCACCCACUUGGUCUUUACUGGGUAGUAUCAUGGGGUAUUUUGUGUUGCGUGUGUAUGGGGGGUAGUGUUAAAUCAGGAGGAGUUGGGGAACUGGCUUUCAUUUAAAUUUAUGGCAUCUCUUCCCCCACUCCAAAAUUUGGGAGAGUGGCAAAGGGACAGUGUCAGUGUCAGGGCAGCCCCUGCAGCCCCCAUGGGGCAAAAGGAGGGCAGGCAAAGCCCCUUUCUCAGUACUCCUUCCUCUGACCCCUGCCAAGAUUCUAGAUUGACCAGCUUGCUUGGCUUAUUGUAGAGCAAGCCUCGUUCUGAAAUUACACUGUGGGGACCACUAGAGCUCUGUUUCCAUGUAUACUAUCUGCCCUGGGGCCCAUUUCCCAAGCUUACUGGUCAUGUUGGUGAUGUGCCGCCCUCCGCUGGCCUACUCUUCUCCCUGUAUGCCCAGGCACAGGAGGAUAAGGCUGGUGCUAUGUUGACAAAUGCUGCUUUACCCUUGGUUUCUCCUUAAAAGAAAAAGAGGGCAAGUAUGGUGGUCACAAACCUCCCUCCAUGGGGGCAGGGUAGAACUGAUCUUCGCAGGGCCUUUUCCAAGCCCACAGACCACCUUGGCAGAAAGGUGGGAUGGGGACUUGCCCAACAAAAGAUGAAGAGGUGGGAGGCUCUGGAAGACCUCCUUGUGUCAGGGAGGUUUCCAGAGAGCUUUCAGGUCUGUGUUCAGAGUAAGAGGGUAGGAGGUCAGUUGAGGGAGAAAAGGGAGAGAGAUCCAGUGAUUGGAGCUGAAUAAUUGGAGUUACCUGAUUGGAAAAAUGAAUUCUUCCUUUUCAAAGGCUCAUUUCCUAGGUAGGCCUGGACAGAGCCUUGGAAGAAGAGAGACAAAAGGGAAGCAAACAUAAUGCCCAGUGAAGGACAGUUAUUCCCUCAGGGAUCCCUCUCCCCUUCUCCCGAGCUGUGCCCUCAGAGCCAAUUUCUAUCACCCUCUGGUCCAGUUUGUGGCCCAGGGUGCCAACCUAGCUGAACCAGCCCUUAGAGGGUGAACAAACUCUGACCCCUUGCAGCAAAGCAGAUAGACCUCUCUGCUGGGGGUAUUCCCAAGAGCUGGUGAGAGUUAAUGUAACUCACCCAUGCAGGGCAUGGUUGACCGAAUUACAGAGGAAAAGGAGAACUGAUGAUACUCACUGGGAGGUGGGAGGGAAGGAGGAGAAAAAAAACCCAACCCUCUUUUUAUACAAGGUUUCAUAUUUAAUUUGAUCAUAAAUUCAUAAAUACAUAACUAUUUUAUACACAA